ACUGUUUUGUUUCUCUAGAGCUAACUAAGCAUUUAAUAAUGCAUACAGCAUACCACCUACGACUGAAGUCACAGAAUCUAGUGCAUAGGCUGCAAAAUCGUGAAUCGUGUUACACUAGAAUCGGCAGCAAAUUAAAUCAAAGCCCAUACCUUUCUUAUGAGCGAGGGUUCUACAAAAGUAUCACUCCUUGUCUCACAAUAGAUUCUGUGGCAAUUCCACCUGUUUAUCUACGCAAGUUUACCCCUGACGGAAGCAAGCUACUGGCAUUUUCGCUCGAUCAGAGAAGUUUACACAUUUACAAAUAUAAAGGCCUCGGCGCAUCGGGUGUGGGAGAGCUAAUUCGCGAAACAAAUGUCGGAGAAAUCGAGAGCUACAGGGUCCCGUCCCAAGGGAGCAAACUGACAAACACAAUAUUUGAUCGACUAUUCGCAACCAAUGAUGUUAGAAUUCUGCGCUUGUGCCAGGGCGAUUAUGGGCGCUUCUAUCUGCACCGUGAGUUUAGUGUUUUCUUGGAAAACGGACGUUAUGUUCUUCUCGCGGCAAUGUGCAUCCUGCAUGGUGCGCUAGCAACAUCGUAUUAUGUUAGCUAUCCGGAUCUCUUUGACAAACUAGACGCAUUCUCAUAUAUAUUUUUUGUUGUGGAUUUGGUAGUCGGCGUAGUCACUGACAGACUCUUCCUGCCGCAGGAUUCAAUCGUUAUUGCACAUAAUCACGGCAUUUCGGUCCAUGACUCUUCGAUAGCGAUCAUGUCCAGGCUAUAUCAGUGCAUAUAUAUCUAUGAGGUGGUCGCUGGCCGCCUUGUCAAACGAGAGACAAUUGGUCCUCGGCCAAGAGGCUUUAUCGACGAAGGUCCUUUAGAUAUUGGAUUGGACGCCAACACAAUUUUACCAAUUACACACAUAAAACAACGUGUGCUGAGCUUUCUAUAUCGACAAAUUGAUUCAAACAGUUCCAGAUUAAGUAAAAAAUAUCAAGAUUUUUACAAGAACUUCGACUUUUUGGAGCAUAUGAUAAUGGAAAAGAUGCAAUUGGUUAACAGGGACCUGAUCUGUUUGCGUUUUGAAGAACGGCCAAAAGACAACAAUAUUAAUCCGAUGUUAACGUUGGGCGAGAUCCCUACACCUCGGCGCUUUUAUGUUUUCUACACCAUACUUGGCGAGCAAGUUGUAGGAGUCUAUCAAGACGAUUCUGUGGAGCUGCUUCAAAUUAUACUGCAAUUCUAUGACCAAAUGCGUAACGUGCGUUCACUGCAUACUGGAGAUGCACCAUCAUUGCCACCGCAAUUUUUCCUAAAGCAAAAUUUUGUAGAUGCCAACAAAACGAUUCCAUUCAUGCGACAAGCAGCGUUGAGAUUUAAUCCAAGCGUUCCCGUUAGUACUCAGAGCUUUUCACCAUCGCCAUAUCUAAAAUACAAUGAAUUUAGCUAUGAUGAUCGGCUUAUUUCUCCGCUGGAGCGUCCAAAACCGUGCUCUGCCGAACCCAUUAUUUUUCGGGAUCGAACCACAAAGUUAGUUAAGUUCCGAUUGAACGCAAAGGCGCGAAGGCAAAACAAUCCGCUGGCACCACGUGAACUAUGUGCCUUUAUUUGCCAUCCUUUUGAACCUCUUAUACUUAGCAUACAGAAGUAUUUGCACAUUUACGCAUACAACAUACACCUUUACAAUCACAGUACGGUUGUUGUACAAGAGAGUGCAUGAUGAAACGAAAUGUAAAUGUGAUUUUUUCCUGCUUAUGCAAGAAUGUAAAUAAACCUCUGAGCAAA